CCGUCGGCAGCGCGCUGGUGUUUGAUUCUUCUGGCUGUGUGAGAGCGGAGGACCGAGGAAGUCCUCAAAGUUAAAUAAAAGCGAGGAGGAAGAGCGUGUCUGUGUUUAUAAAGGCAGAUCUGAGGAGAAUUUGGCAGGACGCCAUGGACGUGAGCGCCGAAGCGAAGCGGGUGAUGGUGCAGGCUCUCAGUAAGUUGUACAGCUCCCGCUCUCAGCGCGGAGGACUGCGCCUCCACCGGAGCCUCCUGCUCACCCUGGUCAUGAAGUCCGCCAGGGACAUCUACCACUCGGCCAGAGCUGCCUGCGAGAGCCAGGAGCUUCAGGAGAGCCAGGAGCUUCAGGGGAAAGCAGCCGAGCCCCCUUCGGACCCACCACCUCCGCUGGAGAAGCCUCAGCAGCAGGAGGAACAGGAGGAGGCGUCCAUGGAGGAGGAGGUCUCCAGCCCGGAGGUCUCUCUCGAGGUCCCUCAGAGGUGCACACAGCCUGAACUGGACCAGGAGAACCGCAGCCCGGCCAGAGCUGACCGUCACUCCAGAAAACGGCGAGGGAAGACGGCCACAGAGCCCGACUUCCUGCCCUGUAAACGAGCCAAGAUGGACACUGGGGAGGUUCUGAGGAUCCUCCAGGACGCUUCUCUCAGGAGUAACGCUGCUGGGAACUGUGCCAGAGGGACGGACACGCUGCCCAGCGCAAACACACACAUGCCCAGGACUGUGGCCACAUGCUGAGCUGUCUGCUGGACUUUGACUGCUUGUUGUAGGUGAACUAUGUGUGUUCUAAUCUACUCCAGCCUUGGCUGGUGUGCUGCUGCUGAAGCUCAGAGCUCAGCCAUGCUUCGGUGUAUAGCCCUGGUGUGGCUGGGCUGCAGUAAACCCACAGCCCCCCACCCCCAUGACUGUGUGUGUACGUGUGUUUGGGGGGUCUCUCUCUCCGGAUCUCCUGUGGAAAUGAGAGAAGCAGCAGCAGGAGGGGGUGGGGGUUGAGGCUCAGGCUGGGCAGGAAGUGGCUCUGAGUCAGAAAGUUGUGACACGGUGAUUCAUGGAGGAGGAACAUCAUCAUCACCAGCAGCAGCAGCAGAAGAAAAAAAGGCUGUUGUGGAAACUCCAGCUAAACCACUCAGGACGUGGCCUGCUGACGAAGACGUGACUAAGGGUGCUAGAGCUCACACACACACACUCACUCAGAGUUUCUCUCUCUCUCACACACACACACACACACGGUGUUGGGUGUGCCCAAAACCACCAGAUUAGAUGACUUUCUUCCUGUAAGUGUAUCUACAGGAUACGUCAUGGGCUCUUUGUGUUGAUCACAGGGUGUGUUUGAGGGCAGCUCGCACACUCAUGAGCUGUGAGUGAAGGCAGAAAAAAAUGUGUGUUUAUGUGUUUGUGUAUGUGAGUGUGUGAAAGCUCCAUCAGGAACACUGUAACUGUAUUUAUUUAUCUGUCUGGACUUUUUUUUAAAUGUCUUUUUGACUUGUCUCAUGAAUAAGCUGCUAAGUAUGGUCAUUCUACAUGUCCGACUACCUCACUUUUGUAUAAUAAAUUUGUAUAAAAUGAA